UUUCUACUUUCUCUACGUAUACAACAGACUUGAAGAGGAGUCGUCUAGGCAUGGACGGAGAGACGGGAAAAAGGAGCGGAAAGUCCGAUGGUCUUCUCACUAUUGCUCCAGUUGAUGGGAAGAGAGGUGGUAAGAGUAAGACAAAAAGCGGGCCAUGGUCGGAUCUUCCUCCAGAUAUAGUAUUACUAAUACUGGAGCGACUACACCUAGUUGAUCGAAUCCGCUUCCGUGCGGUCUGCAAGAAUUGGCGAUUAGCACCUAUUCAAUACAUUCAGCCAGACAAAUUACCAUGGAUAAUGAAUUAUUGGUUUUGGAAUGAUCCUACCAUGUGUUCACUCUCUGAACCUUCUCGCAAACUUCCUUACAUUCUGACAGAUGAAAGGGCAUGGAACUUGCUGUCCAAUGCAACUGUCUGUGCUUCUAGAUUUGGUUGGGUCCUUUUGGCUAAAAGGGUUUAUGAGCUUUAUAAUGUUACUUUCUACCAUCUCUAUAAUCCUCUCACCCAAGAGAUUAUAUCAUUGCCCAGAUUUAAAUGGCAACGAGCACAAAGGCAUAAAUAUCUUUGGGAAAAGCUGGCCACCUUCUCAUCUGUUCCAACUUCUCCUGAAUGUGUGUUCAUUGUGGUGCAUGUUUGCAAUAGGGAAGAAAUCUUCAUCAGCACAUACUCCAAUGGGGAUACAAAAUGGAAGACUCGUAACGUUACUCCUCCGCGUCAAUACUUUUUCCCUAAUUCCCAUAUGGCCUACAUGGAGGGAACUUUUUAUUGUUAUAGUGAAGAGGGAGUGCUGUCAUCCUUCAAUCUUGCUACCCAAGAGUGGAGGCUGUUGACUGAACGUCAUUGGAAGGAAUGCCGGGUCUGGACUCUUGUUGGAUGGGUGUCUUACUUUCUUGCAUACGGUGGACAUCUGUAUCUAGUAGAACUCAGAGGAUUUGAAUUUGAUCUUCAUAUUCCUGAGUGCGAUAUAUACAAGUUUGAUUGGUUGGAUAGGGAUUGGAAAAAGAUGGAAAGCUUGGAAGGCGGAGCAAUAUUUCUUAGCGAGUUUCCGUUUGGAAUUUCAGCAGGAGAGCAAACAAAAAUGGUUGCGAACAGGGUCUACUAUUUCUCUUGCCAAGGGUGCUCACCUAGGUUCUUAAUCUAUGGGUCAGAGGAAAAAAGGCUUGCAGGUAUAGGAGAAAAGUUUGAGUCCCAGGAUACAAUAUAUUAUGCUUCUCCUACAGGUAUGGGUGCGAAGGGAAGGAUCUGGAUGGAACCUCCAUUGUUGAUGCCUUAG